UGGCUUUUUGAAUGCUCAAGGGAAAGAAAUUUGUCCCUAAUGAAGAAGUGAUUGCUGAGGUUAAUUUGAUAUUGCAAAUUACAAAUUAAAUCGCUUAUAUAUUCCAGACUUCCAACUGCGCAUUGUUAAAGUAAAACUUUUCGGAUGCAAAAUAUGCGUAAACAAUGAACCUUGUUAUUCUUUGAUCGAUUUUCGGGUUCUAUGCAACCCCUAUAGAGGCGCUACUGUCUGGAAUCGGUAACGGUUGCAGGAUAUCCUGCAGGAACUGUGAAUGACCUUAUUAUAUCCCUGCGCACAGUGCCAAAUAUGGCGGCAGGGAUAUGUGUCAAAUAAUAUUGUUUUCAUGAUGUAAAUACAAUAAUAUAAUGAAAAAAACGAUGUUGAGUGUAACUGAGAGAUUUAACAGUAUCAAUGUGAUUAUUUUGAUCUAUCUCAUGUUUUUACCGACGAACUCCAGCGAGAUCCAGUACAGGACCAAAUGGGCGAGUGAGAAGCACCACGACCUCUGGUGUUACAGGUGCGACACUAUGGUAGACGGUGAGAGCUGUCUGGAUCUACAUGGCAACCACACUUGGAUGAACAUGAAAUGCUCGAAGGAUCAGAAAAAGUGUCAGGUGAGAAGGAUAUCUAUGUCUACGAGCACAGAUGAAAUAACCGGCAAACCACAUCUGUGGCUGUUGCAGAGAAACUGCAGUGAAUCUUGUGAACCAGGCUGUAUAGUGAUUGGUGAAAGGACUAAGCUCCAUUCCUGUAUAACUUGCUGUGACGAACACAAUUUUUGUAAUUCGGGUAGUUCUGCUCAAUCUAUUUAUCUUUCGGUUGUGAUUUUAGGUCUUGUAUUAUUUAGAAUUAUGGAUACAUCAUUGAAAAAUUUCUUUUUUGUCUCAUUUAGAACUGAAAGGAUUUUUGAUAAAUUGUUUUGAAAUAAAAUACGUAUA